AUUAUUGGUUAAUUGUUAACUGGUAGAAGUAAAAAUUGAAUAAAUUGUUCAAUUCUAAUUUAAAGUGUCACCAAAUUGUGGUUUUUACUCAACAAUUUAUGACGGAUCAAUGAAUUCAACCAGUUAACUAAUUGUGAAUAGUAAAUUACAUUUAAAUUGUUGUAACAAUUGAGAGUGAGAAGGUGAGAAAAUAAAAUCAUUAAAUCAACUUUUUUUUUCAUUGAUUGUUGUUGUUUAUGGUUAAGAUUUGAAAGUGUUACUACUUGUCAAGUGACAAUUUUAUUUGAUUAUUUGUGACUAAUUGUGAUUGAUCAACCAGGAAUGAACAUCUUCCCAAUCAUUCACGUUCUAAGUGUUGUACUAAAUUUAACCAACGGAUUAAAUGAAACAAAUAGUUCACAAUUAACGGAGCCUUCGCCAUCUUCAUUGUUACAGGGGGAAGUUCAACCUUAUCCCUUAGGUCAUCCAACAGAAUCUCAGCUGAUUAGUGAUUCUGAUGUUCUGAUGCCUCAGUCGUCUGAAAGUGCUAAUGUUUUCCCCUAUUUAAUGAGUCGACCAGUUUUCACGGAAACACUUAAAUCGUCAACUCAAGAAACUUCCGGUCAACAUAAACAUUUGAAAGAAUCAGACUCUGGCUGGAAACAGGGUGAUUCUGAUAAAUGGUCAAAACAUGGAAACGAACAGGAAUCGGGAAAACAACGAAAUGUCCAAAGUCAAGGAUCACAUUCUGAUGGUGCACAUAAAAAAUCUUCUGGUCAUGAUAAUCGAGAUGCUGCUCAGAAAUGGAAACAAGGUUCAGAAUCAAAUGACCACGAAGAUGAGAAAUUGGUCGAAGAAUAUAAUAAGAAUAAAGGUCGAGUGUAUGAGAAAAAAUGGUCAUGGGAAAAAGAAAAAGGCUCCAGACAUGGUUGGGAGAAUCAGGGUCAUUCUAAUCGCGAUCAUUUGAAAGGUUCAAAUAAUCGAGAAUAUGAAUCAGGAUCGAAAGGUAAUCAAGGAAAAGAGAAUUGGUCACAAGAGAAGAAAAAAUCUCAUAAACUCGAAGAUAAUUAUGGAAAAAAAUUCGAUUCUAAAGGUUCAAAGGAAGAAGCCAAAGAUUCACAUGAUCAUCAUGAUUCUGGAAUCAAUCAAUUUGAUGAUUCACAUUAUCGGAAACAAUUUAGUUACCUUUAAAUUGACCAUUUAAAUUUAAUUUCCACGAAAAGCCCAAUUGAAUUGCCAUUCAUUCAACAAAAGAAAACAAUCAUUUGUUCAAUUUGUUUACAUAUCAACAUGUUAAUCAUCGUAUUUAUUUUCCUUCUCAUUAAAUUCAACUAAAAGUUCAUUUAAAUUCA